ACAGCAGCACACUGCAAGAGGUACACACUCCUUCCUGCGCCUCGCCUCGACAUGGUCUUCGUCGUGCUGUGUCUGGCCCUGGUGCUGGCACCGUGGGCUGCCGCCUCGCCCGUCCACAACUCCACUGCUCUUACGGUCACCCACGGCCACAAUAAUCGAACGAGAAGAUGCUUUGGCCAUCAUGGGGGCCAUCAUCAUGGAGGUUACAACUCGUGGCCCUGGUGCAACAACUAUUACCAUGACCCUUGCUACAACCCCUGCUGGCCAUCAUGGCCAAUAUCAACUGUACCCACCACCACGAAGCCCACCACCUGGCCCACCUACAUCCCCACUCUUCCCCCCUUCACCAGGCCGCCCUACACACCCGGGCCAACUUACAUACCCAUCAUGCCCACGAGACCACCCAGACCGACUACGAGACCAACCUACAGACCCAUUAUGCCUACUAGACCACCCAUAGCCACUACAAGACCAACCUACAGACCCAUUAUGCCUACUAGACCACCCAUAGCCACUACAAGACCAACCUACAGACCCAUUAUGCCCACCAGACCACCCAUAGCCACUACGAGACCAACCUACAGACCUAUCAUGCCUACGAGACCACCUAGACCGACUACGAGACCAACUUACAGACCCAUUAUGCCCACGAGACCACCCAUAGCCACCACAAGACCAACCUACAGACCUAUCAUGCCCACAAGACCAACUUACAGACCCAUUAUGCCCACGAGACCACCCAUAGCCACCACAAGACCAACCUACAGACCUAUUAUGCCCACAAGACCACCCAUAGCCACCACGAGACCAACUUACAGACCCAUUAUGCCUACGAGACCAACCAUAGCCACCACGAGACCAACUUACAGACCCAUUAUGCCCACAAGACCACCCAUAGCCACUACGAGACCAACCUACAGACCCAUAAUGCCCACGAGACCACCCAUAGCCACCACGAGACCAACCUACAGACCCAUUAUGCCCACGAGGACACCUAUUCCCACUAGAUGGCCACCCUACACUCCUAUCAUCCCCACGAGGACACCUAUACCCACGAGGCCACCAUACACACCCAUCAUGCCCACGAGAACACCUAUACCCGAGAGACCACCCUACACUCCUAUCAUGCCCACGAGGACACCUAUACCUACUAGAUGGCCACCCUACACUCCUAUCAUGCCCACUAGGACACCUAUACCCACGAGACCACCAUACACUCCUAUCAUGCCCACGAGGACACCUAUACCUACUAGAUGGCCACCCUACACUCCUAUCAUGCCCACUAGGACACCUAUACCCACGAGACCACCCUACACUCCUAUCAUGCCCACGAGGACACCCACACCUACAUACAUUCCUAUCAUGCCCACGAGGACAGCCAUACCCACCAGGUGGCCACCAAACAGCCCCCCGCCCUACAGCCCCGUGAUGCCGACAGUGACCUGGUACCCUACCUUCCCGACAGUGACAGAAGCCUACGCGAAGAGAGGGUGCAACAGAAUCUGCAUGGACGAGCACAAGAUGCAUUACUGCUGCGACACAACCACCACGCAGACCCCCACCACGCUAGCGUCCCGGGGCACGUGUCCACCUCAGACCUACCCCUGCACAACGCCCGCCGCCAACAACACUAAUCAGCGCAGCUGUAUAUUUGACUACCAGUGCCCGGACGACCACGGGUGUUGCUACGACCACUGCCUUCAGGAGUACAAGUGUAGUCGCCUGCUGCCCCACGCUUCCACCACCACGCCCACGCCGCGCCUCUCUCACCAUCAUGAGGAUGAAACAAGAGUAGAGCGUUCCUUGCAGGAGGAAGAACAGCCUGCAGCUGUGCAGGAAACCUUCGCAACCAGCCAGACCCAGCCACAGGUGACCUCAGGACGCCACGGUGAAGAAACACGCCUCGCCGUGAUGGUGGAUGAGGAGCAGCCAGGCAGCGGCCAGCACCUGCUGCAACUUCUCACACAUCUGCAGCAACCACCCAACCUUCCCAUCCUGUUCCUGCCCCUUCACCCGCUGACGGACGACAGGAAGACAGUAUGGGAAGUGGUGCAGUGCGCGGCGCAGGCAGCCCUGGAGCAGAAGGCAGCCUUGCACCUCGUGGGCUGCGUCCUGACUGCCCCGCCUCCACGCCUACCUCAGCUCGACUCCCUCCUCUCCAUAGUCAAACAGUGUGGACGUGACCACCGUGUGAGUUGGAUGGGUCUACAGCUUUGCGCGGAGCAUGACGAAGGACGAGGCAUGUUGCGGGACGCCCUCCUGCGCCACGCUCGUCUGCUGCAAACUGCCAGGACGCGCCAGAUGACCGCAGCACGGCCUGCCAUUGCUAUCCUCGCCGUUAACGGGACCUUGGUGGAGACAGACACCUCGCCUAUCCCAGCCAUCACAUCCGGCAAAUAGGUUCCCUGAGGUCUCUCUACAGGGCGGCGGGAUAGUUUUGUCAGUCACCUCAUAGCACAUCACUGCCACGGUUUUUGCGUCACAUCUGCUACUAACAGAAGAGCUUUCAUUGAUGUGAAGCAGGGGGAGGGGAGAAUUUCUUUAUAUGAACCAGAUACGUAACCAGUUUUUAAGAUAAGGAAAAUAAAUUUAUAAAUGCAUAUACAUAGGCUAUAUCUUCACAUGCAGGAGAGAGAGAGAGAGAGAGAGAGAGAGAGAGAGAGAGAGAGAGAGAGAGAGAGAGAGAGAGAGAGAGAGAUUACUUAGGUUUGAAAAGGUUUCUGCCAACCUCUGAACACUUCCUUACUUAAACUAACUGAUGAUGAAAUAUUGAACAUUUCAAAGCACCAUGACAUUAACCAAUAUGUUUACAAAUCUCAAUGUGAUGCUCUUUAAUUGAUCUAAUAUUCUGUGUUAGCUGAGAACAACCCCUGCUAUGAUGUAAUCCAAAGGUGUGAAGUCUUGCCUUGAAUGGUCACAGAAUGGGUCCACAUCCUCCAAUCUAUUUUUACCAGAAUCCUUCAUUCUAAACUAUUUCUAACACCCAUUGCAAAAUAUAGUGUAGCUCCAUCAUACUACCAAUAUAAUGUCUGAAUUAUUAAGAUCAAACACUUCAACACUCACACAAGUUCCCACACAAUGGCUAUGGGUAAAUGGAUGGGAAGACUUGGUACUGUACAUGCUGGCGAGGGUUCAUACUGUAUUAAAUUCAAUAGUAAAUCUGUUUGCCACUAAUAGUGACCCACCCAAUAAAUGUAGCAUGCAAGAACAUAAAUUAACCUUUAAUGUGCAAGGUAAAUUUAGGACAGUUUUUUUUUUUUUUUUUUUUUUUUCCAGAACCAGACCAGUCAUUGGAAAUUAUGCCUGAACAUUAAAACAUAACUUGAGCAAUAUUCAAUGAUAUAUUAAUUGACUUCUGAAGUUGUUCCUAUUUCCACAUUAUUGCCUCGAACUGUUGACCAUUAAUCAUCAGAGUCACUUACUUCUCCCUAAGCAGGGGAUUCAUGCCAUUUUAACAUGUAAUCAGUAUAUUACUACCAUCAUCAAUGUACUAUUACUAUAGUUAUUACUAUAUACAACAAUGCUAAAUGUUGCUGCUGCUUUUACAAUUAUCACAUAUCUCAACACAAAUACAAAUGCACAAGCACAUACCUAAUGAAUGUCACUAGCAGCAUUUGUCAUAAUAGCUGCCAGCUCACACUAACUCUGGGUAGUGUCCAUCAGCAGGUAACUCCCUUGCUCACUCCACUGGUGUACAAAUUCUCAUUCUUGUGUAGCAUAUCUAUGACACAUUGUGUACAGAAAAAAAGAAACCAAAUGGAACCUUUUCAAAUAUUUGCAAGGCAUAGAAUCAUGGUAAGGCAGACAAGGUGCACAAGGCCUGUGUCAGUAUGGCUAGCUUUUGUAAUGUAUCAGAAAAUAUUACAAUAAAUUUACAUAGUGAAAAGUAAAAGGCAAUACAAAAUAAUACCAGCCCCUAAGAUAGGGAAAGGAAAAAUUCAAGUACGUACAAGCAAAGAAAAGGAAUAGUUUUAUGAAAGAUCAAGUUGGGUAUGCAAGUGAAGGAGUUCAAUUUCAAGGCACUGAACAACACAUGGAAAAAUAACUUGGUGUCUGUUUUCUGAAAUCUAAAGACCUUUUAAAAAGAAAAUAAACAAUAAUGGCAACUUCAUCCACCUGAAUACAGAAGCAGAAUCAGAAAUUGCUGUCUUAAGCUAACCCUCAGCACUAUUGAUGACUAAUAUUUCACUUUCCAAGACCAAGGACAGUGCUAUUCUUUGUUUGUGGAUUGUAAUUCCAAUUUGAUGAAUGAAACUGUCCACAUGCCAAUGCAUAUCAAAGUUGAUCAAGUUGGACUUCCUUCGUGCAUAGGUAUUUAUGAGACAUUCUUCCCUAUAUCCAUUACAUGCUAGGCUUUAAUUUCCAAAAUGCCUUAUAGAGUUUCUAUGGUUCUCCUAACUUCAUCUCAAGUUUCCUUUUUUUUUUUUUUUUUUUGCUGUUCUAUUGCUAUUGUGGUAGAUGAUUAUUAUUCUUGUAAAUCUAUCAAUUGUGGGGUUUCUUAAAAAGCACAAUAUGAAGUUGGAUGCAAGACUAUUUGAGGAACUGAAAGACAGACAAAUGAAGAAUAACCAAAGAUAACAUUUCAAGCUGGAGUGAGAUAACACACAGAGUACCACUGGGAUUUGUAUGAGCAUUGAUUUCCUGUUUCAGAUCUACAUAAAUUAUAUGCAUAAAGGAUUAAAUAGCUACAUUAAUUUGUUUGCUGAUGAUGCAAUGUCUUUUUCUUUCUUUUUGCUUAACUCACAUAUACUUCACUGCAAAGAUCUGACAUGAAGCACUGCUGAGAGGGAAGUAAAGUCUAUAUAUGGUACCUAAUACCUGCCAUCCAAGAGAUUAAUAUUAUCUGGUAAGGACUGCUGCAAUAUAAGACUUAGAAAUAGUGCAUAGUUGUAUACAGUUAAAAUAUAUGAAUUUAUGUGGUAAAUGUACAGUUAACACUCUGUACUUGUAAAAAAGUAUUUUACUUUAUGGGACCCAACAUUAAGUGUUUUAUAGUACUACACUCUUCACUCACUUAACACAUGACCAUGUUCCUGAGGAUUGUGCAUUUAAUGAAAAUGCAUUAAAUAAACUGUACUUCCUAAC